UCUUGGCAUUGGCAGGCUGACGGUGACACUUGCCUCUCUCUCAACACCCCCGAGCACCCGUGUACCGCAUUGGCAUCAGCGACGACCACUGAAACACAGUCGAAGCUGUGCCACGGAUACUGAUAACGGAAAGACAGCUCAAAAUUACGCACAUCUCCUUUGGACUUUCGCACUGGACUUUAAACCUGUCCCCACACCUGGGAAGCGCGCCUCGGUGUUUGGAGCGAGAAAAAAAAAAGAGAGGAGCGGGCGAACAGGAUGCAGGCGCCAGGUAUCAUCUACGCAUGAAAGUGACAUGAUCCACGCAAUUCGCCAAAACACCAGGCGUGAUUUCAGUCAGAACUGGAGAUAACGAAUACGCGUCACCACGAGAGUCCGUCCUCUUCUCGCUCCGUUGAUGCGCAGACAAAGAACUCUGGUCGCACACUUAUUUCGUUCAAUCUAAAAUACAUCUGCAGAUAUUUGAACAUUGGCCUAAUUGAGGAAAGCAAUCAUGGCCACGUUAAUUAGAAGCAAGAUCUCAAACAAGCUGUCCAAUGCGGCCACCACCGUCACCAAUAAGUCGCAGGCGAAGGUGAGUGGGAUGUUCGCCAAACUGGGCUUCCAGGCCGCCACGGACGAGGAGGGUUUGGGCUUCGCCGCCUGUGAUGAUCUGGACUAUGACCACCGGCAGGGGCUUCAGAUGGACAUCCUUAAAAACGAUGAAAUUGGGGGAGAGGGCGGUGGGGACAUGGGGGGAGAGGGAACUUUCGAAGGGGACAGCCAUUACCAGAGGGAUGGAACGGGUCCACCGCCCUCAGCGCCGAAAGACGGCAGCUUUUGCUCCGAAAUUGGCAAUCCGGACAAGCCAAAAAUUACAGCUUGGGAGGCAGGAUGGAACGUGACCAAUGCGAUCCAGGGGAUGUUCGUUCUCGGGUUACCGUACGCCAUUCUCCACGGCGGAUAUCUCGGACUGUUCCUCAUUAUAUUUGCUGCGGUCGUGUGCUGCUACACGGGAAAAAUCCUCAUCGCCUGCCUCUACGAAGAAAACGAAGACGGGCAGCUGGUACGAGUGAGAGACUCGUAUGUGGAUAUUGCCAACGCCUGCUGCGCGCCGCGCUUUCCCGCGCUGGGAGGCCACAUCGUCAAUGUAGCCCAAAUCAUUGAGCUCGUGAUGACCUGCAUUUUGUACGUCGUAGUGAGCGGGAACCUGAUGUACAACAGCUUUCCGAAUUUUCCGGUGUCGCAGAGGUCUUGGGCCAUCAUCGCCACCGUCGCUCUCCUGCCUUGCGCCUUCCUCAAGAACCUCAAAGCCGUGUCCAAGUUCAGCUUGCUCUGCACCCUCGCGCACUUUGUCAUCAACAUCCUCGUGAUCGCCUACUGUCUGUCCCGGGCACGAGACUGGGCGUGGGACAAGGUGAAGUUUUACAUCGACGUCAAGAAGUUCCCCAUCUCCAUCGGCAUCAUCGUGUUCAGCUACACCUCGCAGAUCUUCCUGCCCUCGCUGGAGGGCAACAUGCAGAAACCCAGCGAGUUCCACUGCAUGAUGAACUGGACUCACAUCGCUGCCUGCAUCCUCAAAGGCCUCUUCGCCCUGGUGGCCUACCUGACGUGGGCGGACGCGACCAAGGAAGUCAUCACGGACAACCUGCCGUCAGGCAUCCGGGCCGUCGUCAACCUCUUCUUGGUGGCCAAAGCGCUGCUCUCGUACCCGCUGCCGUUCUUCGCCGCGGUCGAGGUGCUGGAAAAGUGUUUCUUCCAGGACGGAGGGCGCGCGUUCUUCCCGGACUGCUACGGGGGCGACGGGCGCCUCAAAUCGUGGGGUCUCUCUCUCCGGUGCGCCCUGGUUGUGUUAACGAUGCUCAUGGCCAUUUACGUGCCGCACUUCGCGCUUCUCAUGGGUUUAACGGGCAGCUUGACGGGCGCCGGCCUGUGCUUUCUUCUGCCCAGUCUCUUUCAUCUCAAGUUGCUCUGGAGAAAGCUCUUAUGGCACCAGGUGUUCUUCGAUGUCGCGAUAUUUGUGAUCGGGGGUAUAUGCAGUAUUUCUGGCUUUAUUCAUUCCGUUGAGGGGCUCAUCGAGGCAUACAAAUACAAUCUCCCGGAUUAGUUGGGGAAAUGAUCGUUUGCUGAUAAGUGUUACAACACAUCCCACAUAUUACUGAUAACCAAACCGAUAAGUUUAACCACCCCCCCAAAAAAACACCAGACCUCGGCUUUAACAAAAGACUUCAACAUAACGAACAAUAAACGAAUUAAUGCAAAAACUAAUAGGAGGAAUGCCUUGGACAACAACACGUGUUAUUAGAAAUACAACAAAACAACAUCUGUUUUUAAGUGAGUUAACUGUUGGUUUACAUGAGAAUUUAUCGAAUUAGAAAAGAACUGCAGGAAGAAAUCAUUCAUUUCACAUUUACAAAAUAAAAUAAAAUCUGCAUGAAUCUGAGUGCAAAGUAAGUGGAAGUCUCCUGUUGUGAUUGAUUUGCAAUACACAGUAAAACAGCUGAUUAUUUACAGGGGAUCAACAUCAUGGCAAUAAAAUAUGAGUAGAAUAAAUUGAUUCGAAAAUUCUAUUGGAGCACACAUACUUAUAUUUUGCAUUACUUUAACCAAAAUGACACGGAGAGGGCAAUAUAGAAAUAGACAUUCAAGGCAGCCUGUACUGGACGGUGAAUAGAAAUACUUUAACUAUGCAUUUGGAGCGUAUUAUAGAUAUUCUGAUGAAUACGAAAACGAGAUGGUUUAAUUCACACAUAAGGAUUGCGCUGCAUUUCAAUUGAAUUGACCGGAAAACACAAAAAGAGACUCAUAUUUUUACACAAGGCAUCGAAUAUGAUCAUGCUACAACGAAAAACAAGAAAAGAAAGAGACGAAAAUGACGAAGAAAGGAAGAGGAAAAUAUUAGAGUUUCCAGCAGAAGGAAAUAAUGUCUGAAAAUGGACAAAAAAAAUCACUCAAGUUGAAUUUCGAGCUUUGCGUUGUUUAUCGGAUAUCAAAAGUCGCUAUUUAAAAAAAAUAAAAAAAAUAAAAUAUCAAUAAUAAUAAUCUUCAUUUUCCCCUCAGUGAAAUUUAUUUACAACGUGUUUGGAUCGAAAUCAAGCUGUCUGACUCAAUAUUCGAAAUAAAGAGACUUGCAUAAGACAUUUUUCAUUUUGUGCAAUCCAAUGGGUGCUGUGGAAAUGUUAUAAAACCGUGUGUGUUGUGUUAUUGUGGUUUAAAAGAUGGAAUGUAUAUCACAAAGUCGUCAUAUAUUGUGAAAAUGAAUAUAUUGAAGAAUAAAGAAACGCGUGAAAUUAUAUUGUA